CACGACGCAGCCUACAUGGGGGACCUGCCCACCCUCAAGAGCUUGCUGGAGCAGGAGAGCUUCCAGAGGAGGAUCAAUGAGAAGUCGGUGUGGUGCUGUGGCUCUCUGCCCUGCACGCCGCUGCGCAUCGCCGCCACCGCCGGCCACAGCUCCUGCCUCAACCUCCUCCUCUGCAAAGGAGCUGAGGUCGACCUGGUGGAUGUGAAGGGGCAGACAGCACUCCAUGUAGCCGUGGUCAAUGGACACCUGGACUGUGCCAAGAUCCUUCUGGAAGCUGGGGCUAAUCCCAACGGGAGCUGGCACCAUCGCAGCACUCCUGUGUACCAUACAGCGCGUGUGGGCCGGGCAGAUAUCCUGCGGGAGCUGAUCAGGUACGGCGCAGAUGUGGACGUGAAUCACCACCUCACUUCCCAGAGCCCCAGUCGCUCCCUGCGGCCCCUCACCACGCUGAUGGUCUGUCCACUAUACAUCAGCGCUGCCUACCACAACCUCCAGUGCUUCCGCCUGCUCCUCCAGGCGGGAGCCAACCCGGACUUCAACUGCCGCAGGCCCAUCCACAUCUGCGGCUCUCCGGUGUCUGUGAUGGAGGCUGUCCUGCGGCAUGGCUGCGAAGUGGCAUUCGUCCACCUCUUGAUUGACUUUGGAGCCAAUCUGACCCUGGUGGAUGUGGAGGCCUUAGAAGCUGAAUCCAGGGCAAGAGUUAAAAUCAACCCUGAGGCUAUGGAGGUGUUCAAAGAAGCAAGGAGCUGCACCCGGAGCCUCUUGUCUCUCUGCCGCAUUGCUGUACGGAGAAUACUUGGGAAGUCUCGCCUGGAUGGGAUCCAUAUCCUUCCAAUCCCAAGCUGCCUUAGACAAUUUUUACUCCAUGAAGACAGCUAA